GCGUCCUGAUAAGAACACGCCCAGCGUGCUGGGAAUGUGAAUGUACCGGCACGAGAACCAUCCUAUGGAAGCGCCCUGUACUCAUCCCUGCUCCGACUUCCGUGCCUGGUUCCUGCCCCUGCCCCUGGCUGCCAAAUACCUACUACCCAAACAUUUGCUUGGUGCCGUCAUUCCCAUUCAUUAGAUGACGAGCGAUCUAUCGCGUUCGAUCUGGAACUGCUCCAAAGGGACAAACACCUGCUUUGCUUGACCCGUCUAUGUGGUCGUGACCUGGUAGUAAUUCCUGCUUCCAGCUUGGCCCAUACUUUAGCGAGGGUUAGACGAAGUCAGCAACCGCCCUUUCUUUAUUAUUUCCAUUACCCUUCAUUCGCGAGGGAACCUAACGCACUGGGUCGCCUCUAAAUCACCUCUUCUGGCAUUAAGUUCGUGCCUUAUUAUUUUACUUCUUUACCAUCGAUACAGGACAAUCAUCAGCUGGAUCUUCAUGCAGCGAUGAACAAGGACCGCAGGGCACAGGGAAUUGAAACAGCUACAGGGAACAGUUCUUCAAGACGUGGAGUCGACAGUAUGUCUGGAAUGGCGACAAGACAUUGUACACAUCAUUCCAAGGGAUUAUCGAGAAUGAGGAGCGAUAGCAACUUACUAGAUAUUGAUGGCGAGCGUAAGGCUGCUAUACCGGAGAUGCAGCAGCGUCCAGCGGAGCCACAGCCACCAGAGCAGCAGGGGAAUUGCAGCAAUGAACUACUGCAGCAUACGUUGGACCAACAGCACAAGGUACUAGAGGAUACAAUAUCAACACCUACUAGCACAUUAACCCCUUCACGGAGUCGCUCCCGUAAUACUUCCAACUUGAGUCUCGAUACCACGUCUAUACAGCUUCACACGAACGCCAGAGGCAGCGAUGCAAAAUCAGAUGUCAGUGCAUUCAGUGAGAACAGCGCCACGAUAGUAGGGCGUACUUUUUCUUUAGGACCAUGCGUAGAGGUUGUCAUGAAGUCCGUUGAGCUGGAAUCCCUGGAUGCAGUGCUCCGUAACCGCAGAUCCAACCGAUCGACGCAUUCUGCAAGCUCCUCCAGGCAACUCCGCCGACUCACAGCCUCAGAGGACAACAAAAACAACACGACACCACCAGAAGGUACUGGUGCUGGCCCAUUAUUGCACUCGAGCCACCGCAGGCUCUCUUUCAGUUCCGUGCGCGACCAUGUCCCAGCAGGAAUCAUAACGGAGCCAUGUGCAGUCAAAAUAUAUGUCGACGAGUCGUCUCCAGGUCAAGAGCCAUUGAAGCAUGUCCCGGUAAUGUCUGAGAGGCAGGCAGAGGAAGGCAGCAGCAGUAGCGGCACAGACGAAGACGACGACUUUGACUGGGAGGAGGAUAAGAUCUAUGAGGACAAGGAGAAGGACCUGCAAGCAAACGCAGAGAGUAUUGCAAUGAUGGAGGGCGAUGUCUGCUGUCAACCGUUACAUCGUCGAGUCCAUCCUUGGGUUAUACGAUUGGUUAAGAACGCCUUUAUUAUCGUCUGUUUCUUGAUCCCAAAGUUCAUCCUCCGCCAUGUGCACACGCACCACCAGAAAACUGUCGUUCUGAUCGAGGAUGGCAAACCGUACAUGGCUGUCGUUAUCGGAAACCAUCUCAGUUACUUUUUGAUCCAGUUCUUGAUCAUGGCUCUGUUCAAGAUUAUCCACAAGUUUGGUUCUGUCAAGGUCAAAAUCAUAUUGGAGACGCACGACGGGUUGGUGCCGCACAUCGCGCGGUCUGUAUGGCUCUUCGUCUUGAUUGCGUUUUGGGUCGUCUUCGUACAUUACCCGACGUGUGCUAAAGCAAAGAGUGGUAUUGAUUUCACAAAAAUGGCGGAAGGUGUGGACAUGGAAUGUCGGCGAUGGAUCUUUUGGUGGGUUCACCGAUGUCUAUGGGGACUUCAGGCCAUGAAUCUCCUUUAUAUCCUCAAGCGGUACACGAUGCAGAUACUCUCAGACAGAUUCGAGCAAGACAAUUCCAAAUUCGUGGAGCUGAACUUUCAAGGACAUGUCCUAGAUGGGCUGCAAAAGAUAAAACCGCAUCGGCAGCAACGCAUACCAGGCCUGCAGGGCCAUCACUAUCGCUGGGCAGAGAAAUCGACUUCCUGGUUAGCAUCGUCAACACACCAAGGAGGAAAAUCGCCGAAUCAGAGUCGACCUAGUUCUUCCAAGGCUGAGAAGCCACCUACCGCAAGCCUCGUCGACGGUAUAACACAAAAGCGUUCAACUUGGGAACUGUUGAAGAACUCGUUUCAGAGGCGCACCGAGGCCAAGGGAACCAGUGUCGAAAAGGCGACCUCGCCUGCCGGAUCCAUUGGAGAGGUAUGCCGGGAUCACGAGUUGGAGCCGCAGGAAUUUGUGAAGAUGAGCAAGAAGCGAAAGUCAAAGCUGAUCCACAGUCUGCGCAACAAACCUAUUGAGGUAAGAUUUUUCCCAUUGCCACGAACAUACUGGUAUAAUAAUUGUUGUUAACAUGCUAACGGUAAUGUGGUUUGUGUAUCUCCAUAGAACCCUUACAAAAAAGCAAAAGACCUGUGGAUCCGCAUAUGCCCGCCUCACCGAAACCACCUUGAACGGGUAGAUCUGGAGCAACCGUUUAAGAAGGAGAUUAUGGAUCGUGUUUGGAAACUGUUUGAUCCCAACGG